GUGUGAAUAUACCUCGACCAAUUUGAAAUCUUGAUAGAAAUAACAUGCACAUCAUUUUCCGGUUGAAAAUUUGCCUUGCUCUUUUUUAAUAAUUUCAAAAAGUUCGCGCAAAAUAAGAUGCAUUUUUUGGAGCCUAAAAAAGAAAAAUUCAACGGCAGGAGAAACAUUUGAGGGAAAAUAAAUAUCGCGAGGAUGAAUUUGUAUUGAAUCUGGUUGUUGAAUGUCGAUGCAUAUUCAACCAUUUCAUUAUCUCAUUGAGCACGAGAAAAAUGCAACCUUAGCGAAUUUGUUAUAAUGGGAUGUUUUGGGCUAAUUGCAUGCCAAACUGAGCAUUACAAACAUAAAAAACAAAAAUCAUCUGGAUUUCUUUCACACAAACGUACUACGACCACUCAAUCACAAAGGAAUUGCUUAUGACCAAACCAUUGCCGAACACACAAAACACGGUUCAUACCGAAAGUAGACGAUUUCAAGUGGUGUUUUGUCUCACUUCAACAAUUCAAUUCGUUGAUAUUUCUUUUCUCAUUCUAUCCUCAAAAAAAAAACAUAAACACAGGAACGAAAAAUACAAAGAGAAAUGUUAGUGUCACAGCAUAUUUACGCGUGUCCAAUUUCAUUACACAAACACAAUUCGGUCGUUGUUUAUGGCAUAGCUACAGAAAUAUUCGUUCAUUCUUUUCAUUUCUCUUAAAUGUCGAAUGCGUCGUCUCACUCAGCUUUAGUAGCUGGUGGCACAGCGCGCAGUGUAUGGUGUGAUACACUGCAGCCGAUGUUUUUCUGGCUGUGAUUGUGUUUGUGCGUAGAAUAUUGCUCAUCAAUGCUCUGUCGAAUUUUAUAACGGAGCUAUUGAACACUACCAACAUCAUCGGCGAGAUUUCUUCUGCAAAUCGGCGAACAUGUGAUUUUAUUGCAAUGAACCUAGCCUAAAUGGACACAUUCAUUUUUUCGUUGUGGUUUUUGAGACAGUAAAUUUAUUUAAAUCUUGUGAUAAAAAUUGUUCGGAAAAGUGAUUUUUUUUCUCGUAAAAUUUAGGAAAUUAAAAUCAAGUUGUGGGAUUCGGUUCUUGAUUCGAACGGAUAAUGUUGGCACGGCGAGAUAGAACGAAUGAGAGAACAUCGUUGACGGACCCGUCGGCAAAUCUGCAAAAUCAAUUGAUUGAGAAGCGGUUUUUGGUUGGACGACAAAUUGGAAAAGGAUCAUUCGGUGAUGUGUACGAGGCAUAUGACAACAGCAAUGGCAAACGUGUUGCAAUCAAAUUUGAAGAUCGUCAAAGUUCGCAUUCACAGCUGAAAAAUGAGUACCGUGUCUAUCGGAUUAUUAACGGCGGAAUCGGCAUUCCAAAAAUGAUUUGCGACGGAUCAACGGACGACUAUGACUAUUUGGUUAUGGAGCUGCUGGGACCGUCAUUGGAAAAACUAUUCAAUCAUUGUCGACGCAAAUUCAGUUUAAAGACCGUGUUGAUGUUGGGCGAAAAGAUGAUUCGACGCGUCGAAUAUAUGCAUCAAAUGUGUCAUUUGCACCGUGAUCUCAAGCCGGACAAUUUUGUGAUUGAUUCGGAAAAUGGGCCGGAGAUUUAUUUGAUUGAUUUUGGUUUGGCACGUCGCUUCUGUCACGUCGACGAGAAUAUGAAGGUGGAGCACGUGAAACGAAUGAAAUUGCAGUCAUUUACGGGAACGGCACGUUAUGCAUCGAUUAGCGCACAACAGCAAUACACAACAUCGAGAAAGGACGAUCUGGAGUCGUUGGGUUACAUUUUAAUUUAUUUCCUCAAGACUCGAUUGCCCUGGCAACACGUACCAAAGGUAGGCUCAAACGGAAUGACACCGAAACAACGAAAAGAACGAAUUCUCGAGAUUAAAAUGUCCACCAAUCCGACCGAAUUGUGCACCGGACUGCCGCAUGAAUUCCAACAAUUCAUCAGCUACUGUCGCAAAUUAGACUUUGAUGAAACUCCAAGCUAUGGCUAUUUACGUAGACUUCUGGGAGGUCAGAUGGAGAGGAAUUUGUACGUCAAAGACUGGAUGUACGACUGGAGAGUGAUGGAUGCGAAUGAGAAGAAGAACAAAAAAAAACCACAUUAAAUUGAAGAUGAAGGAAAGAACCACUGUUCAAAACGAAUCGAAUUUUAGUACAACAACAUACACACACAUUACAUUACCAUUUUACAAAAUGUAUAUUUGCAAUAAAUUUUACCGAAAAAUUUAUAACGAUAAA